AUAAAAAUAAUAAUAAAAAAAAAAUCUCUUCCAAAUUUCUGUAUUUUUCUUUUCACCUUCAUCUGCAUCAUUUUUGCAAUCAUCAAAAUUCAAAAUCAGGCCUCAAUCAAAGGCGUUCCGCGUUUGACAUCUCAAAAAUUCUCCUUCAAAAUUUCAAAAUCACGCCUUUCCGCGCGUUGACGUUGGGGCACCAUCGUUGAUAGCUCAUCCUUGAUCUGACCGCCAUUUGUAAGGAAAUUUUAGAAGGCAAAUGGGAAAUUCUGUGUCCAAUUUGUGCACGAAAGAUGGGAUGUUUUUCACAGCCACUGAGGAGCUGGAUUCAUACUAUCCCAUUAGAACUGAAUGCCAGGAUGAUGUCCCCAAGACCCGUUUUAAAGCAAGGGUUGGGAAAACGUUAAGUCCAAGAAGAUGGAACGCGGCAUUUACUGAGGAUGGUCAUUUAGAUAUGGCUGGUGUUCUUAGAAGAAUCCAGAGAGGGGGAAUUCAUCCUACUAUUAAAGGGGCCGUCUGGGAGUUCUUGUUGGGUUGUUAUGAUCCCAACAGCACAUACGAUGAAAGAAAUGAGGUCAGGGAGCAGAGAAGGAAACAGUAUGUUGCAUGGAAAGAGUUAUGUCAAAAGAUGGUACCAACCUUUGGCACUGGAAAGUUCAUCACAACACCUAUAAUUACUGAAGAUGGCCGACCUGUCGAAGAUCCUUCUGGUAAUAGUGUUCCCUUGCCAAAUAAUGGUGCAUUAGAUCAAAGGGAGAUCAAUUGGAUGCUUGGCCUGCCUCAAAUUGGUUUGGAUGUUGUUCGUACUGACCGGACUCUUGUAUAUUAUGAGACUGAAGUCAAUCGAGCAAAGCUCUGGGACGUGCUUGCUAUCUAUUCUUGGGUGGACAAAGAUAUUGGGUAUGUUCAAGGAAUGAACGAUAUAUGCUCUCCAAUGGUUAUAUUAUUUGAAGAGGAAGCAGACGCCUUCUGGUGCUUUGAACGCGCAAUGCGUAGACUUUACGAAAUGAGCAACCAUGCAAUCAAUGAUUUGCUAAGUGUUGAUUUCACAAUGCCUUGGACAUUAGGAAAGAUUGCCUGCGCCAGUGAACAAUUUUGUUGUCCUGCCUGCUAUGAUCUUGGUGCCUUUAUAUGUUGGNUUGAAGACUUACUCUACUUCUGUUUCCAUAAGAGGGAAAAUUUCAGGUCCACCACAAGUUAUAUGGGAGUGCAGUCUCAACUGGGAACCCUUGCACAAAUUAUUAAAGCCAUUGAUCCAAAGCUUCAUCAACACCUUGAAGAGCUUGAUGGUGGGGAAUAUCUGUUCGCUAUUCGCAUGCUGAUGGUUCUUUUUCGAAGAGAGUUCUCCUUUGUGGAUGCAAUGUAUCUCUGGGAGGUCAUGUGGGCCAUGGAGUACAAUCCGAAUAUCUAUGCAUCAUAUGAGGAAUCACGUGAUGCAACCUCUUCCACCACUGACCAAGCCGAAGUCAAACCAAGUCAACUCAAGCAGUACGGAAAAUUCCAGAGAAAGAACUUAAAAAGCGGAUGGACUGACGAGAGAAGUGCUCUUGCUAUUUUUCUCGUUGCAGGUGUGCUUGAGAAGAAGAAUAAACGGCUUCUAAAAGAGGCUCAAGGCCUAGAUGAUGUCGUUCAGAUCUUGAGUGAAAUCACCGGAAAUCUGGAUGCCAAAAAAGCAUUGAAGCAGGCCCUGAAAGUACACAAGAAGUAUUUGAAGGCAAGUACUCGUAAUAAAAUCAGUAACUGUGUUCAUUUCUAUUUUCUAUGCCCAGCAGGUCUACUGUUAGACAAGCUUAACCGUGAGGCAGUUAUACAUUUUUAAGAAAUAUGCAUACUAUUAUACAAGUGACGUACUUUAUAAAGCAACUUAAACGAAAUUAUGCCAUUUUACAAUAUAAAUAUGAUUUUUUGAUCAUAGAAUAUGACAGGCCAACCUGCCUAACCAUUAGUCUGCCCUACAUAAGAAUUUGUAUUGCCCUUUUUGUAUUAUCUUGUAAUCAUCAUUGCUUAUUGUUGACUGCAGGCCAAGAAAUCCUAGUGAACGUUUUGGCAAAACUUCUUUUUAAUUCUUUUAAAGAUUUAAAACAUCGGUUCCCUUAUUCUUUUAUUGUUUUUUUAUCCAUCUUCUGUAAUAAGAAGGAAAUAAUGGUGUUAUGGUUGUUUGGAAUUUUGAGAUGCAUCGAUGAUGAGAAUGUAGAUGAGACCAACUUGAAUUGGCUAUUUUUUUGAAGAUUUAGAAUCGGCUGAUGAUGAAUGGUGAUGUUGCUUAAAUUUAGAAUUG